GAGAGCCCUGUUUCCGGGUUUGUUUUCUCAGUCGAGGGCGGUGUGUUUGGCGGAGCUGAGGGAGGGGGGCGGUGUGUGUGUGUGUGUGGUUGCUGGAGGCUGGCAGAGCAGAGCAGAGGCAGAGGCGAGGCCCGGCGGUGUGUGAUCAGCGCUGCUCCCGCUCCCGGUCCCCGUGCGGUUUGUUCACCGACUCCCGAUUAGCGCGGAAACCAUCCUGUGGCAACGAUGUCGUACGAACUGAAGGGAAUAUUUAGCAGUCUGCCUCAGAUGGAAAGAGGUAUUUCAAAGAUCAUCGGAGGUGACCCUAAAGGAAAGAACUUUAUUUACACCAAUGGCAAGAGCGUCAUCAUAAGGGAUAUUGAACAUCCAGACAUUGCAGAUGUAUACACUGAACAUGCUCAUCAAGUGCUUGUUGCUAAGUAUUCACCUAGUGGAUUCUACAUAGCUUCAGGAGAUGUUUCUGGAAAGGUUCGAAUCUGGGAUACCACUCAGAAGGAGCAUAUCCUCAAGUAUGAGUACCGCCCUUUUGCAGGAAAAAUUAAGGAUAUUUGUUGGACUGAAGAUAGCAAAAGGAUUGCUGUUGUUGGAGAAGGAAAGGAAAUAUUUGGAUCAGUCUUUCUUUGGGACAGUGGAUCUUCUGUUGGAGAGAUUUCAGGCCACAGUAAAAUCAUAAACAGCGUUGAUAUAAAACAAACUCGACCCUACCGAAUAGCGACUGGUAGUGAUGAUUUCACCACUGUGUUCUUGGAGGGACCUCCUUUCAAGUUCAAGAUUUCAAACAAUCACCACGGCCGCUUUGUUAACUGUGUGCGAUUUUCUCCUGAUGGGAACCGAUAUGCUUCCUGUGGUUCAGACGGGCAGAUUUUUAUCUAUGAUGGGAAGACUUCAGAGAAGAUAUGUGCACUUGGUGGAGACAAGGCCCACAAUGGAGGAAUCUAUGCUAUCAGUUGGAGCUCUGACAGUACAUGUCUUCUCUCUGCAUCUGGUGAUAAGACUACCAAGAUUUGGGAUGUUGGUGCCAACUCUGUGGUAACCACGUUUAAUAUGGGGAAUGAUGUAUUGGACCAGCAGCUGGGCUGUUUAUGGCAGGGGAGUCAUCUGUUGUCCAUUUCUCUUUCUGGCUUUAUUAACUAUCUGGAUAAAGCAAAUCCGAGCAAGCCUAUCCGCAUCAUCAAGGGUCACACCAAAUCCAUACAGUCUCUGACUGUACAUACCAACGAUGGGAAACCUUACAUCUAUUCAGGCAGCCACGAUGGUUAUAUCAAUUACUGGGAUGCUGGGACGGGAGACAAUGAUGGAUUUUUAGGGAAGGGACACACCAACCAGGUGAAUGCUAUGGCAGUCAAUGAUUCAGGCGAUCUUGUCAGCUGUGGAAUGGAUGAUACUCUGCGUUUCACAAAUCUGUGUAAGAAAGAGUACAAUGCCCAAGAUACAGUAAAGCUGGAUGUUCAACCCCAGUCUCUGGCAGUUGGUCCUGGUGGUUAUACGGUGGUGGUGUGCAUGGAGCAGGUUGUACUGCUUAAGGAGAAGAAGAAAGUUUGUCAAUUGGAGAAUCUUAAUUACAAAGCACAGGUUGUGGCAAUUCACCCCGGAGGAGUGACUGUGGCUGUUGGAGGAGAAGAUGGCAACAUAUACAUGUAUUCUAUUCAAGGGAAUACACUGAAAGAAAAUGAUGGUGUGAAGACCUUGAAAGCUAAGGGACCAGUGACUGCUGUUGCUUAUUCUCCUGACGGUGCCUUCCUUGCAGUCUGUGAUGCAAAUAAAGUCAUCACACUAUUUAGUGUUGCAGAUGAAUAUAAGGAGGAGAAUACUUACCAUGGGCACCAUGCUAAAAUUGUCUGCAUAGGAUGGUCACCAGACAAUCAGCACUUUGCAACUGGAGGGAUGGAUUCAUUGGUUUACAUCUGGACCCUUGGUAUUACAGCAUCAAAAAUGAAACUGACAGAUGCUCAUCGGCUAUAUCAUAUCAGCGGUAUUGCUUGGUUGGAUGAGCACAUUCUGGUGACCACUUCCCAUGAUGCAUGUGUGAAGCAGUGGACCAUCACAUUCAAAUGAACAAGAAUUGCUGUACUUGGGGAGGGCACAUAGAACUUCAGGGACUAGGACUGCUGCUGUAGAAAGUUAGCUUUUGAUUGGAAUAUUUCUUUUGCCCCCUGGACCCCAUAAUCACGAUCCAAGGUCACUUGAGAGUUCAUAAUCUAAUACUGUGUUUUGGAAAGCUUUAGCAAGUAAAAUUUUGCACGUGAAAAGCACUUGGUAACCUAAUCUCUGGAGCUUAAUAACCUCGUACAUUCAACAUUCCAGAGGCAACAGCCUUAUUUCUACACAUUAAAGCCCUAAUUGCAACUUUUUGUUUCAAAUUCAGAUCUAUGAAGUUGUAUUGAGUGAAAUCAACACUGACUCAAUGUGCAACUAGAGAAUAUUUCUGUACAGUGACAGUUCAAAAUUAUGUGAUCCAAAUUGCUGUAAGUGCAGCUACUGUAUAUUGUACAUGUUAUUUCUUUGCUUUAGAAAUAUGUACUGCACAAAUGUUGCCUGAAUUUCUCCAGAUGAUCAGAAAAGAUACAUAAUAAAAGUUUUUAUGCAUUAAAA